AUGCAGCGCCCAAUGGAUGCCACGGACGGCAAAGCCUCUGUGGUUAUAAAGAUCCAUCAAAUUGUGAAUGAGACCAGCUCCAACUCUUCUCCAUCAAAUCCAGCAACAGAUCACUCAAAGCAUAAGUGCAAUGCAAAUGAAAUCACAGAGCAAAUCCCACUCGCUGCAAACCCGUCCAUUCUUCUCCAUGUGCUCUCAUCCUACGAGCUGGAACCUAAUGAUCUGGCUGCUUUGGAGGCAAAUACAAUUUUGUUCCACGGUACAUGUAAAUUCUUCAGAAGCCCUGCAAAUUUUGAACCAGAUGCUGCACUGUCUCUUCCAGAACUUGCAGCACUCGAUACUUGCUGUCAGAAAGCCAUGUUUAAGUCAAUGAAGCAUGAGGAAAAAGAGAAGUUGAAGCAGCAGUGUGGAGGCUCUUGGAAGCUCGUCCUUGGGUACCUGUUGGUUGGUGAGAAGAAUUACCGCCGUGAGAAAUCUCAGGUUAUUGCAGGGCCAGGACACAGCAUUGUUGUCACAACAAAGGGGGAAGUGUACUCAUUCGGCGCAAAUUCCUCGGGGCAGCUUGGUCUUGGGAAUACAGAAGACCAGUUCAAGCCAUGUCUUAUUAGGUCUCUGCAAGGCAUCAGAAUCACACAAGCCGCGGUUGGGUCAAGGCGGACAAUGCUUGUGAGCGACACAGGAAGUGUGUACACAUUUGGACAGGAUGCUUUUGGGGGUUUGGAAUCCUUUGGUACUUAUACUAGCAGCCCUAAGUUGUUGGAAUCACUGAAAGGUAUCUUUGUAGUUCAAGCAUCUAUAGGAGGCUACUUCUCUGCCGUUCUGUCUAGAGAGGGUCAGGUUUAUACUUUCUCUUGGGGGCGUGAUGAGAGGCUUGGUCAUCGUUCAGAUCUUACUGAUGUUGAGCCUCGUCUUCUCUCUGGACCGCUUGAGAAUGCUCUUGUUGUGCAGAUUGCUGCUGGCAAUUGCUAUCUGCUUAUGUUGGUCUACCAACCAACAGGAAUGUCAGUUUACUCGGUAGGUUGCGGUUUAGGAGGCAAGCUUGGGCACGGACUCGAGAGAAGCUUGGGGAUACCAAAGUUGAUCGAACGUUUCCAGGUACCCAAUGUAAAGCCACUGUCGAUUUCAGCAGGUGCUUUCCAUUGUGCAGUUCUAGCUCUAGAUGGACGUGUGUUCACCUGGGGAUGGAGCAGACACGGUUGUCUGGGACACGAUGAGAACGAUGAUGAUGAUGAGAUCCUCCCCAAGGCAGUGGAAGGCUUGAAGGAUGUGAGGGCUAGCCAUCUGUCAGCUGGCGCUCACACCACCUUCGUCGUCACAGAUAAUGACGAUGUCUACUCCUUUGGGUGGGGAAGAUCACUUAAUCUGGGUGUUCAGGCGGAUGGCGCGGAAAAGGCAAACGUCUGGACUCCCAAGCUAGCCACUUCGAUUGCUGCGCUGAAUGAAAAGGUUGUGCAGAUCAGCGCGACGAACACCUGGGACUGGAUUGACCAAGAUUGCUACUCCCAUACGUUGGUCCUCACAGAGUCCGUCAGGCUGUACUCCUUCGGGGCAGGUACAAAGGGCCAGCUUGGUGUGAAGCUCGUUGAGGGUCAGAAAAGGUCUACCCCAGAUCGGGUCGACAUUGAUCUCGCCUAGCUUCCCCAGCAUCGACCCCGACCGUUUCCCAUUCCCCAUGGUAGCUGGUGGUGGUUCUCAUAGGAACUAAGGAGUGCCUUCUGAAAUGGUUUAGAGUGCAAGUGUUUAAGAGCAUUUUAGCACGUUUUAGAGUCCUGGACUAUAGGUAUCGUGGUGGCCUCUUUUUUGGGACAGUGGACAGAUCAUGCCACGGCUUGUGGUCUGUUUCCGU